UCCUUGCAGCCAGACGGGGGUGAUCGUAGUCACCGGUCCAUCAGCAGCAGCAGCAGAGAAGACGGAGACAGAGGGGGACAGACUGAGAAGGAUCUUCAGCAUCCCUGGGGAGUAACAUACGCAGUGAGAAGAUGACUCUGGCAGCCUACAAAGAGAAGGUGAAAGAGCUCCCCCUGGUGUCUCUGUUCUGUGCCUGCCUGAACCCACAGACUGCAGAUAAACCUACAUACAAGGCAGAAGAUGCGGUGGACCUGGGCUGGUGCGUCAUCAAAGACGUGGAGGUCAUUGAGCUGAACAAGCGGACAUCUGGCCAGGCCUUCGAGGUCAUCCUCAAGCCCCCAUCCUUCGACGGAGUGCCAGAGCUCAACACCUCCAUGCCGCAGCGCCGCGACCCGUCCCUGGAGGAGAUCCAGAAGAAGCUGGAGGCUGCCGAGGAGAGGCGAAAGUGCCAGGAGGCGGAGCUGCUGAAGCACCUGGCAGAGAAGAGAGAGCACGAGCGUGAAGUGAUCCAGAAGGCCUUUGAGGAGAACAACAACUUCAUCAAGAAUGCCAAGGAGAAGCUUGAGCAAAAGAUGGAGGCCAACAAGGAGAACAGAGAGGCCCUGCUGGCUGCCAUGCUGGAGCGGCUCCAGGAGAAGGACAAACACGCUGAAGAAGUGAGGAAGAACAAGGAGAUGAAGGAGGAAGCCUGCCGGUAGAUGAGUGGAGAUGAAGAAGAAAGAGAAUGAGCAGGACUGGGAGGUUUUAGAGUCUGUAAAAAAAGGAAAUCUAAACAGUGCAAAAAAGAAAAAGAAAGAAAAAGAACUCAAAAGCAACUCGAACAAAAGGAAAAGCCAAGUUUUCAUAUUUGAUGUAUGCUGUAACGAUUAUGAACAAGCUGUACAAAGUUUAGCCAACUCUUGAUGUUGAAAUUCCAAAAGAAAUCUGUCUUUUUUUUCUAAAAGAAAGUGGGUGGGGGGAUCGGGUGGCAUCAAAACAAACAUUUCAAAUUUUUAAUAGGGGGGGCGGCAUUGGUUGUUUGGUGAGAAUGAAAGCUGCAUCAAAGCAGGAGGAGGUAACAAUUUAAAUCAUAGCUCCCAUUCCUGCAGUUUCUUAAGUUAGAAAGCAGGAAAAGAAUAGGACCAAGGAUUGAACCCUGGGGUACACCACACGUCAGUUGAGCAGAUUAACUUCAGCAUCGUUAACUAAGAUAUGUUUUUCUUAAUGAUGCCUUAUAUUAGAAAUUGUAAUUGAAUGCUGCCUAUUUGGCAGCAACACUACCAAUUACAGGGUUUCUAUCCAAUAAGACUGUAACUAUGAAGUAGGGAGAUGUAAUCUAAAUUGUUACC